UUACCCUUUUCCUUUUGACGUACCCAAAAAUUGUCAUCUGAUCCACACUUCCUUAAUCAAACUCACACUUCACAGCUUUCUCUUUCUAAACUUUUUUCUUUCUUUUUCCUUCUUUUUUCAAAUUCAUUCUCUGGUAUACUUUUCUGAUCGUCCCCAUACAAGGAUCAAAACGAAAAUCAACCAUUUCAAAGUAGGAACUCAAUUGGUUGAUUGCAAGGAAGAUAAGAGAUUCUAAUGCUUCCGCAUUCUGUUUUAUAGAUUAUUAUUGUCCACAAUUGGUUCAGAGAGAGAGAGAGAGUAGAAAUAGAAUAGUGGUUGCCAACAUAUCAAUUAUUUUGUAGUUUUAGUUAAAUCAAUCCUAAUAGAAGAGUAGUUAUGAAAGAAGUCAAAGAACCCUUAAAUUGGUUAGGGUUGAUUGCUUAUAGAUAGAUAGAUUAGAGAGAGAGAGAUCAUUCAUGGGUUUAAAUGUUUGAUUAGAAAUAAAGGGAGUCUUAGAGAAAAAAAUAUGGGGUCGUUCAUGGGGCAUGUUCUUCCGGGGACAUUGUUUCUUUUAGUUGGGGUAUGGCACACAUGGAGCUCUAUGAUGCGGUAUGUAUCGAACCCCAAGUCAUUUCAGUUUAGGAUUUGGAAUCCUGUGCCGGGUUUUGAUGGUAGGCUCAAGUACUUGGAGCUUUACGUUGUAGCAAUUGGGGCUUUCAUUGAUAUGUGCAUAGAGCUUCUGUAUUCAACCCACCUCAAGUUUUUUGUUAAUGGUGUCUUGAACCCCACUUACAUGAACAUUUUCGAGCAUGGCGGGAUGCUUCUCAUGUUCUUCAUCUUCGGUGUCAUUUCUCUGCUUUCGGAGAAAACCAGCUUUCUUCCAUUGCCACAAGGAGCUUUGUGCUUGAUUGCUGCCACAGCAUUCUGUGUUGAGUAUAUUCUAUUCUACUUUCACUCAACUACCCACAAAGGCCUCGAAGGAUACUACCACCUCCUCCUUGUCCUCCUAAUAGCCCUCUGCAUUUUGUCCACCGUCACUGCAGCCCUCAUCUCAACGAGCUUCCCAGUUGAUUUGUGUUGUGGAAUUGCUAUGACACUUCAAGGCCUCUGGUUCUAUCAAACUGCAUUCAGUCUAUAUGGCCCCAUGAUGCCAGCUGGUUGUCGGCUCAACGGAGACCAGAUCUCAUGUCAUUCAAUGGACCACCAGGUCCGAGGGGAGUUGCUUGCUACCUUCCAGUUAUUCACCAUUGUAUUCGGCGUCCUUGUUGCAGUUGUUGUAUCAUAUGGUUUUGCAGCUUCAAGAUUUGGACAUUCUGAUUUUAAAAGCUCGCGCACAGCCGAGGAUGGACAAUAUCUGUAAUACAUGCAGUCAUGCAUCACCAGAGCCAACUGGAAUUUAGAAUAGUUUAGAAAUUAAAAGAGUGUGAUUGUAUGGGUAGUGGUAAUUUAUGUGCAAAGAAAGUGACUCAUUUCAGUGCUCCUAUGUAUAAAUUAGCGGUCAGUUCAUUUCCUUCUUGACAUGCUAGUGGUAUUUUGUAAAUUAGAGUGAGAUUACAUUCAUGAGUAAUUUUCAUUUGUGUAUGACAAUUAAGGCUCUUAUCAUCUUGUAGAAUUGGGCUAGAGGACCUUUGCUGGUGUUGGUAAAUACUCAUAGUUUUUUUUUUUUUUUUAAUUCAUUUUACAUAAUAAAAUUUAUGCAUAAUUAACUGCACCAAAACUCUCUUGAAAUAUAAAAUGCAUAUUACUCAUUUUAACAAAUAUCUGUCAUUAAAAUAAUGAAAGUUUUAUAAAACACCUCCUCUUCAUCUCUCUCGGCAACUUACCCCCAGAAACAAGAGUCCCGUGUAUCUCCUGUACCAAAGUAGGAGGUUAAGAGUUGAUUCCCCACUUUAAAAAAAUAAAAGAAAAAGAAAAAAUGAGAGGUGCAUUGCAUGUCGUUAAAAAAAAAAAAAAAAAAUGAAGAUAAA